AUUUCACUUUCAGUUAUGCUACGCCUUGACUAUCUUUCUGAAAGACCAAACCUUCCCCUUUUGCAGGUUACUGAUGCUCUAGCUCAAGCAGGACUUGAAUCAUCAAAUCUUAUUGUUGGCAUUGAUUUCACAAAGAGCAACGAGUGGACAGGCAAAUUCUCUUUCCAUGGACGCAGUCUAUAUCACAUUAGCAACACACCAAAUCCGUAUGAACAAGCCAUCUCGAUUAUUGGGCGAACACUAUCGAAAUUCGAUGAAGAUAAUCUGAUUCCAUGUUUCGGAUUUGGAGAUGCAUCAACACAUGAUCAAGAUGUCUUCUAUUUCUCUCCUGACGAGAAACCUUGUAAUGGAUUUGAAGAAGCUCUCGAUCGAUAUAGGGAACUUGUACCACAUUUGCGCUUAGCUGGACCAACAUCCUUUGCACCAAUUAUUGAGAUGGCUAUGACCAUUGUGGAGCAAAGUGGUGGGCAAUACCACGUCCUAUUGAUAAUUGCAGAUGGGCAGGUUACGAGGAGUGUAGAUACUGCAUCUGGACAGCUGAGUUCGCAAGAGCAAAAAACUGUUGAUGCCAUUGUGAAGGCCAGUGAAUUGCCUUUGUCCAUUGUGUUAGUAGGAGUUGGUGAUGGCCCCUGGGACAUGAUGAAGGAAUUUGAUGACAACAUUCCUGCUCGAGCUUUUGACAAUUUCCAAGUAAGUUGAUGUUGAACCUAAUAGCUCAUGUCUAUGAUGAUUGAUGUCAGUAAGCAUGUUUGUGCUUUUUGUAUGUUGAGUUAUUUUCCUCGAGCGGGUCGUCCGACGGCGGUGCGGGGCCGGCGCUGAGGAGGAGCAGUAGCGUGAGCUCGAAGGUGGAGAACCCCGUCCAGGGGCUCAUCGCCUACUGCAAGAGGUCCCAGCAGCUGGCCUUCGUCCGGAAGAGCGCCAGCGACGCCGGCUUCCGCUUCCUGUCGUCGUCCGCGUCCAGGAUCGCCGCCGAGUCCGAGUCCGACGACCUCGACGAGCUCACCGAGAUCUGCAGAGGAUGACGAUACGAUAGUGCUCCACGAACGAUGAAUCCCGAUCAUUAUACAAUGAUGCAAAUGCGUUCCGGAGAUUUUGUGAAGGAAAAAAAACUGAAACUUGUGGCGUUGACCGCGCACCCUGUGUCAAGUGUCAUGAUGAUAUCGUUCAAAUGAAUGGCAUCUGAAUUUGAGCCUUGACUGGUUCUGAACAGCUGUAGGUUUUUCCAUGGAUGAGGAAAACCAAUAGCAUAGCCUUAUUUACAUCACUUUAGAAUAGGUUCAAGUACAUUACAAGCUCGUUA